AGAGUUUGUCCCAUUUUCAUUUUCCUUCUCUAAAGACAAAAAGUGAAAGGCAACUAUCUAAUUCCUAAUAUUUGAUUGUGAAUUUGAUAAUGGCCAUUGGGCCCCCAUUAAUCUGUUAUGCGUAACGCAGUUUUCAUACACAACACACUUUUUGUUUACACAUUUUUCUUUUAGUUAUAACCAUGCUAUGCCAAUUGCCAUCAUAAUAAGCAUUUGUUUCUUCUUCUUCUUCUUCUUUUUCUUUACGUGCUUUUCUUCUUUUUCAUUUUAAUAUUAGCUGCUGCUCUGGGAUCAAGAAAAGCUCAAAAAAGAAGUGUUCCACCGACGACACUAAGACCAUCAAUAUCAAAAGGUCCCAUAUAUAUUCCAUUCCCUCCCUUUUCAUUAACUACAACCAAACAAAUUUCCGACAUAGAGAGAUGGGGAAUUGCUUGUUCGGAGGAACUGGUGAUGGAAAUGAAGACAUGGUGAAAGUGGUCACGUCUACGGGUGGAAUCAUGGAGUUCGUUGCUCCCGUUACAGUAGAGUUCAUCACUGAAGAAUUCCCCGGACACGGUAUAUUUAGAAGCCACGAUCUUUUCUGGAAACCACUGCCAGCACAAGAAGUACUACUAGCAGGGCAGUCAUAUUAUCUAUUGCAGCUCAACAAAGAACAGAAUUACGAUACUAAUAUUACUACUGAGGAUGUUGAUUAUAACGUUAUGGCCAAGAUAGAAAUAGGACACGUAAGAUCAAACAGCGUGCCACUUCCUCCUCAAACUCAAAUCCAAAAUCUAGUGGUUACCCCCUAUAGAAUGUCGUUCGAUAGCCAAGGAUUACUAAAAAGGUCUUACACAGAAGCCUUGUAUCGCUACAACAACAACAACAACAACAGCAAUAGCAAUAGCCGCGGUCAGAAGCAGAGCAAGAAGAAGAACAAUAGCGGCUUUUGGAAAGUGAAAUUGGUCAUAAGUCCGAAACAAUUAUUGGAGAUUUUGUCACAAGAAACUGCAACACAAGAGUUGAUUGAGAGUGUCCGAACUGUUGCUAAAUGUGGCAAAACUACUGGAGGAGUCUCCUCAUCUGCUAACUCCGUAGGAUUUUCCGAUUCGUGGAGUCUUUCGAGUAGUAGAAACACUUCUUCCUACAAAGAUGCCUUAAU